CUGCUGCUAGCUGCUCCCUGCGCGGCGGUCGUCGUGCUCCACCGUGAAACGACUUGUGUGUUGCUUUUGCGAGGAAACUUCGCUAGAAGCAGCGCGCGUCGUGCACAACCCGGCUGACGACCACAACACCAUCUUCCCGCGCCACUAACAUUCGACCCGGCGACCGACGCCUUUUCGGUAGCAGAGUCGACGUUAGCCAGCCAGAGAGCAGACUGGAGUUCGCAGCGUUUGGCGUCUUGAGCCACAGCUACCAGCCGAGAGCGGCCCCCGUUUCCUUUGCCCGCGACAACAACUCUCAGCCAGACAACAUGAUGGCCGUAGCUGCUGCUCAGAAGAACCGCGAGAUGUUCGCCAUCAAGAAGAGCUAUAGCAUCGAGAAUGGCUACCCGGCGCGCCGCCGCUCGCUGGUGGACGACGCGCGCUUCGAGGCGCUCGUCGUCAAGCAGACGAAGCAAAGCGCGUUGGACGAGGCGCGCCAGCGCUCCAACGACUGCCCAGCGGCCGAGGACGAUGACGUCGCCGUGGAGGUCGUGGAGCAGAUCCCGGCGCAAGAAGAGCAGGAGCCUGCGGUGCAAGAGAUCGCCGCAGAGGAGCCGCAGAGCCCUGCCUUCGAGGAGCUGCAGUCGGAGCCGGAGCCCGAGCCCGACACCCCGGAGCAGCUGCCCGACGCUCGCCAAGCCAGCGAUGACGCUGAGCUGACGGAGGAGGAGAUGCUGCUGGCGACGGCGGCCGCGGAGAGCGCGGAGGCGGCGCAGGCCGUGCAGCACGCGGCCCUGGUGCUGCGUCUGCGCGACGGCGUCGGCGCGCUCGCUCGCAUCCUCAAGACCAUCGAGAACUUCAAGGGCAGCGUGACGCACGUGGAGACGCGGGCGGCCAAGGGGACGGGUGCGCGCGCGGACGCCCUGGUGCGCGUCGACAUCUCGCGCCAGCAGCUGCUGCUGCUGCUGCGCGCCCUGCGCCAGAGCGCCGCGCUCGCCUCCGUCGCGCUGCUCGCCGACACGCACGUCAGCAUCAAGGACCCCUGGUUCCCCCGUCAUGCGUCGGAACUCGACAACUGCAAUCAUCUGAUGACCAAGUACGAGCCUGAGCUCGACAUGAACCACCCUGGCUUCGCAGACAAGGUCUACCGCGAACGCCGCAAGAUGAUCGCCGACAUUGCCUUUGCAUUUAAGCAUGGAGACCCCAUCCCCACCAUCGAAUACACGGCCGCUGAGACCGCCACGUGGCGCGUGGUCUUCAACAACACCGUCGACCUUCUGCCCAAGUACGCGUGCGCUGAGUACAGGCGUGUCUUCGGCAUGCUCGAGGAAGCCAACAUCUUCACUCCAGACCGCAUCCCGCAGCUGGAAGAAAUGUCGUCUUUCCUCAACCGGCACACCGGCUUCCGGCUUCGCCCCGCCGCCGGCCUGCUCACGGCGCGUGACUUCCUGGCCAGCCUGGCCUUCCGGAUCUUCCAGAGCACGCAGUACGUGCGCCACACCUCUUCACCCCACCACACCCCCGAACCUGACUGCAUUCACGAGAUGAUCGGCCACAUGCCCCUCCUCGCCGACCCCAAGUUCGCACAGUUCUCGCAGGAGAUCGGCCUGGCGUCGCUUGGAGCGUCCGACGCUGAGAUCGAGAAGCUCUCGACGGCGUACGGCGCCGGCCUGCUGUCCUCGACGCGGGAGCUGCUGCACGCCGUCAGUGACAAGCCCGAACACCGCCCCUUCGAGCCCGCGCUCACCGCCAUCCAGCCCUACCAGGACCAGGAGGUCCAGCCCAUCUACUACGUGGCCGAGAGCUUCGAGGACGCCAAGGACAAGUUCAGGCGGUGGGUGUCCACCGGCAUGUCGCGCCCCUUCGAGGUGCGCUUCAACCCGCACACGCAGCGCAUCGAGGUGCUCGACUCCGUGGAGCGUCUGGAGAGCUGCGUGUCGCAGAUCAACCUGGAGGUGCUGCACCUGAACAACGCGCUGGCCAAGCUGCGCACGUCGUUCGCCUAAGCAGCCCCCUCCCCCCUGCGAUGGACGCCCGCCUCCCC